GGCGGAAAGAUCCAGACCCGUAUUGCAUCUACUGCUUCAAUGCUAGGUGCUAUAAAGAGUGUCAAGAUAAUAGGUCUGGCCGGGCUAUUGUCGAAAAGUAUCCAACGCCAGAGGGCUGAAGAGAUGAAGUCUGCCAAUGGUUAUCGGUGGUUGGUCGUCUCAACCAAUAUGAUCGGCUUUCCUCCCCACAUUUUCGCCCCCGUACUGACCUUCGCUGCCUACGAGAUCAAAGCACGCGUCCAGGGAUCUGAUAGUCUUUCAACGAACCAAGCUAUCACGUCACUUGCCACCAUCACCCUUUUGACUACGCCAGCCUCUACCUUCUUAACGGCUAUCCCCAAGACAGGCGCGGCUAUUGGCUGUUUCGCACGGAUUCAAAAGUUCCUUGUUGCUCCUUCGUGGAAAGAUUAUCGCCAGCACAACAGGCAAGAAGAAAACUCGUUGAAACGGCCUUCUCGAUCCGGUGCCACCGAAGGCGUCAAACUCCAAUCAAUUCGCAACGCUAAUAGAGAGUUAGCUUCUCAUAGUGCUAGUGGAGCCGACAAAGCUGCAAUUGCUGUUCGAGAAGUCACAGUAAAACCUAAUCCCAGUGCUGAUGCUGCCAUUAGGGACAUUAAUAUACAGUUUAAACUUGGCUCGACCACCAUCAUCACAGGUCCCGUCGGGUCCGAAAAAACGACCCUGAUAAGGGCUGUAUUAGGGGAACUUCCUUUAGAACGUAGAGAGAUCACUGUAUCCUCAUUAGACACCAUCGACAAAGCGUGGUACAAUUUGGUACUGCAAGCUUGCGCACUUGACCAAGACUUGCAGCAGCUGCCAGAUAGAGAUCUAACUAUCCCUAGAAGUCGCGGCAUGACACUGUCUAGGGGGCAAAAGCAACGUGUCGCUCUCGCUCGUGCUGUCUAUGCUAAACCACGCACUAUUCUUCUCGAUAAUGUAAUAAAUGCAUUAGACAACAAAACCGAGAAAGUAGUGGUUGACCAGUUGAUGGGUCCUAAUAGACUCUUCUGUUACAUCAGCAAUCUAGUCCUAGGUGCAGACCAAACCAGGAGUGAAGCAAAACCAGCAGAGAAAUCUGGGCCUAAGAAGAAAAAAUCUCCAAUCAAAACUGUCACUGCGACGGACGUUUCGGAUCUGACACGGAAGACUGGGGAUUUCGCUGUGUACAGAUACUAUUUCAAGUCUAUCAGCCCUAUCGGUACUUUCUGCUUUCUAGCCUCCACGGCCUUAUUCGUCUUCACGCAAUUCUUUCCGCAGAUAUGGCUGGUCUGGUGGACGGAAGCAAACGGCCACGAAACGGCAAAAUUUAUGAGCGUCUACAUCAUCCUUGCGGUGGCCUCGUGGAUCUUCAGAGCCGGACUGCUGUGGUGGAUCCUGCUCUGGAUAUCGCCUCGGUCUUCGAUCAAGCUCCAUCAGAUCCUAUUGAAUACGGCAGUGAAAGCCCCCCAGUCUUUCUACGCCAAAACGGACACCGGUGUCACAUUGAACCGCUUUAGUCAGGAUAUUGGCUUAAUCGAUAGGAUGUUGCCUCUGGCCUGUGGCAGGGUCGUACUAGCUGUUUUCAUGAUCUUUGCUCAGACUGCCUUGAUUGCGCAAGGAUCCAGCUACAUGGCAAUCGCCAUCCCGUUUGUCGUCGUUGCUUUUUAUGGCCUACAAAAGGUCUACCUUCUCACGUCUCGACAGCUCCGAUUCUUGGACCUUGAAGCCCGGAGUCCUGUCUAUACUCAUUUUCUCGAAUGCUUGGAAGGCUUAUCUACAAUACGCGCAUUCGGUUGGGCCAGCGAUGCUCAUAUGAAUGAAAUCGAUCGGUUGGAUAGAUCCCAACGCCCAUACUAUCUCCUCUAUUGCCUCCAGAGAUGGCUCUCACUGGUCCUCGACUUAAUGGUAGCCGCUGUCGGAAUUGCAGUUGUCGCGUUAGCUACAAGAGUGCCUGGUCAAUCGAGCCGAGCUGCUAUAGGUAUUGCAUUGAACAACAUCCUAGGUUUCAACCAAUCUCUUCGACUCCUAGUAGAGAGUUGGACCCAGCUUGAGAAUUCACUUGGGGCAAUUGCUCGAUUGAGGAACUUUGAGCUAACCACUCCCCCGGAAGACAAGCCCGAAGAGCGAGAGACGCCACCUGCUGCAUGGCCUGACAAAGGGAGGAUCGACUUCAAGGAUCUGACUGCCUCGUACGGUCCUUCGGCACCUGCUCUUCAGAACAUAUCUAUGACUAUUAUGCCGGGACAGAAGGUUGGCAUUUGCGGCCGCACUGGCAGCGGAAAAUCUUCCCUUCUUCUGUCUUUGUUUCGCCUUAUCGAAAUUACGGGUGGUAAAAUCGAGAUCGACGGUUUAGACCUUGCUACCCUACCGCGCGAGACGGUCAGGACGCGCUUGACAGCUAUCCCCCAAGACCCCUUCGUCUUAUCGUCUUCGGUCCGCGAGAAUGCUGACCCAUCGGGUUCCUCCAAGGAUGAAGCCAUCAUCGAAUCUCUGAAAAAAGUCCAAUUGUGGUCAAUCAUCGAGUCCCGCGGUGGGCUCGACGCGCAAAUGGAAGCGCAGCCACUCUCGCACGGCCAACAACAACUUUUCUGCCUUGCACGGGCCAUGUUGCGAGAAAGCAAAAUCUUGGUGCUUGACGAGGCAACAAGUAAUGUGGAUGCUGAAACAGAUACACUCAUGCAACGCAUCACCAGGAAAGAAUUUUCAGGACAUACCAUCGUCACGGUCGCAAACAGACUCAACACCAUUGAGGACAGCGACGUCGUGGCUGUCCUGGACGGUGGCAGGCUUGCAGAAUUUGGUUCUCCGGCGGAGUUAUUGGCUCGUAAAGAUUCAUUGUUCAAACAGUUACACAGUGGCUGAAAAU